GAGAAUACCUGAACUCAUUAAGGAGUGUUUGGCUUCCACACGCCCCCAAAUAUCAAACCCGUAGGUUCAUCAUUUUUCACUUCAUUGAUUCCUCUUCCAUUUUCCGAUCACAAAUACACACUCUCUCAAUUCAUCAACCACCAUGUCUUGGCUUCUCAGAUCAACCAAAUCUAAGCUCUUAUCUUCCUCUUCUCUUUCUAGAACCUUCUCUUCAAUCCCUCGCUCCACCAAUCAGAUCGGAGCCAUCUCUCCCGCCUCCGCCGAACUCUUUCACCGCACCACCGCCACUCUUUCCACCGCGGAUGAAAACCCUAUCAAGGGGAAUUUGAUUGGUUUCCCCAAGAAUUUGGAGAAUAAGCUUGGUGGUGAUUCUAAUGUGAUCAAUUCUUUGAGAUACCAGGCUCUUGGACUGGACACUAAUGUGCUGGCUGGAGUUAGAUAUGGUACUAACGUUUGUGCUACCAAGAGUCCAAUGCUAUUGGGAGUCAAUGCUUUGAUGGCAAGAAACUUUGUGAGAGGUGUGGGUGCUGACGCAUUGGGAUUGGCUGGUCAUAGACGUUUUUUGAGUGACAUCCCAAGUAAAGCAAGUGAGACGUCCAGUUUUCGCCCAUUAUCUCCUCAUCUUCCUGUUUAUCAGCCCCAACUUUCUUCGACACUCUCAAUUUGCAAUAGAAUUGCUGGAGCUUUCCUAUCUGCUGUCGUGUUGCUUUUUUAUAUCAUAUACAUGAAAAUUGGUGUGGUUAGUCUCACCUAUGAUUCAUUCUACCAGUUCGUAUUCUAUUCAUCAAAACUCCACCUACUUGCCGUUGAGAUUUCUGCCUUAGCCAUGUCCUAUCAUCUAUAUAGUGCAAUUCGUCAUUUAUUCCUAUGAUAUCACAGUCACAGCUGAUACCUGAACAGUAUGUUUGAUCUUGAGGUGGUACUUGCUUGCUUCAACCAUGGUGGCAUGGUUUUCACAUGUCAUUAGGAGUUCCAUUAAGCAUUGUGAAUCUGCUUUAUGUAGUUUUGUUACUAUCAACUUAAUAAUGAUAACUAAGACAGAACUUCAUGUUUAAUACCGAGCAUAACUACAUCUGUUUUGCAUCAGAAAUUUCGGUGAUGUAUUUUUUUGCACCCCCUCAAAUUGCAAGUAAUUGUUGCAUUCAAUAAAGCAUUUGAGUUUAGUGACUCUUAUCA